CAGGGGGAGGCGAAGUAGAAAAGAGCACAGACUUCUUCAGUGAGAACGAAACGAGAGGGGGCGUCAGUGCGAACAAAGUAAUUAUAGGAGGAGUGAGAGGACAUUUGGAAAUUGAACGAAAGUAAAACACUCAGGGUUUGUAUCUUCGUGGUUUUCCGACGUAGACGAUACACCCAAACUUCAAUUACAGCCUCAAAUCAAGUCGUGGAUGUGGGGUGCAUAUAUCACCCUGGGAUUUAGCUACACGAGUAACGUUCCUGCCGUCAAAAUUUCUCUCCUCUCUUUAUUUUAUGUCAGGUGGCUGAACUGUGGAAGCUACAGAGGACAAUAUCGAUUCCACAGGAUUUGAAACAUUUGUUCUGUACUUUAUACAAAAGUGCGAAGAUGUCUGGACAAAGCAUUACGGAUAGGAUAACUGCAGCUCAACACAGUGUAACCGGCUCCGCGGUGUCCAAAACUGUGUGCAAGGCGACCACGCAUGAAAUUAUGGGACCAAAAAAGAAACAUUUAGAUUACUUGAUCCACUGCACCAAUGAGAUGAACGUGAACAUCCCCCAGCUGGCAGACACCUUGUUUGAAAGGACUGCCAACACCAGCUGGGUGGUGGUCUUCAAGUCUCUCACCGCCACACACCACCUCAUGGUCUACGGCAACGAGAGAUUUAUACAGUACCUGGCUUCAAGGAACACGCUUUUUAACCUCAGUAACUUUUUGGACAAAAGUGGCCUACAAGGCUAUGACAUGUCAACGUUCAUAAGGAGGUAUAGUCGCUACUUGAAUGAGAAGGCUGUAUCGUAUCGACAGGUCGCUUUUGACUUCACCAAAGUAAAACGAGGGGCGGAUGGCGUUAUGAGAACCAUGAACACAGAGAAGUUACUGAAGACCCUACCCAUUAUCCAAAAUCAGAUGGAUGCACUACUUGAUUUCAAUGUCAACGCCAAUGAGCUUACCAACGGAGUGAUAAACGCGGCCUUCAUGCUUCUGUUCAAAGAUGCCAUUCGACUGUUUGCGGCCUACAACGAAGGCAUUAUUAACCUGUUGGAGAAGUACUUUGACAUGAAGAAAACUCAAUGCAAAGAGGGCCUUGACAUCUACAAGAAAUUCCUCACUAGAAUGACAAGAAUCUCUGAAUUCCUUAAAGUAGCGGCGCAAGUAGGGAUUGAUCGAGGGGACAUCCCAGACCUCUCCCAGGCCCCCAGUAGCCUCUUGGAUGCCUUAGAGCAGCAUUUGGCUUCUUUAGAAGGGAAGAAGGUGAAAGAUUCCACAGCAGCCAGCAGGGCUAGCACUCUCUCCAACGCUGUCUCUUCUCUGGCCAACACGGGCAUAUCUUUCACCAAAGUGGACGAGAGGGAAAAGCAGGCAGCUCUGGAGGAAGAGCAGGCUCGCCUAAAAGCGCUGAAGGAGCAGCGUCUGAAGGAACUCCAGAACGGUCAUUCUUCCUAUGCCACCACGGUUGCCUCCCCUGUGUCCACUGACGGACGAACCAUCAACACAGCACCAGCCAUCGACCUUUUCUCCACACCCAGCUCCACAAACGGCACUUCCAAGGCGGCGAGUGACCUUCUGGACUUGCAGCCUGCAUUUCAGCAGCAGGCACUGCUACUCUCCACUGGCCUACCAACAGCCAACACAUGGGGAGAUCCUUUCACUUAUACAGAAGCUGUCGAAGACUCCAUUCCAAACUUUAACCCUUUCCUUAUACAUCCUGUUGUGUCUUCCGAUGGUGUUAGUUCUAGGACACCCACUCAUGAAAUGUUUGGUGAUCAUUACAAUCCCUUUAUUGUUUCGAGCUCUUCCAUUGCAUCUGAUCAUGAGCACACAGUGCGGAUAGAGCAGUUUAUCUCAGACUCUUUCUGUGGGCCAGCAUCAUACCCUACCACACCUCUCUUCCAGUCUGAGCCCUCUGCUGUAGCUGGUCUAUUUGGAGGAUUCUCAGUGUCUUCCACCACGCAACCCCAGACCGCCAGAGGCCUUAACGUCAACUUUGACUCUGUGUUUGGCAAUAACUCAGCCUCCGCCAACAAUGUUGACUCUGCUGGUAAGGAUCAUUUAGGUGGCGUCCUCAAACCCACAGUKGCCUCYUCGCCCAGCCAGGGGCUAAUCCCAAACGGGCAGCAGCUUGGGAAGCUGGUGUCGGAUGACCUGGACUCAUCCUUGGCCAACCUUGUGGGCAAUUUGGGAAUUGGCAAUGGUGUGGCAAAAAAUGAUAUUCAUUGGAGUCAGCCUGGUGAGAAGAAGUUGACAGGUGGAUACAAUUGGCAACCAAAGAGUGCUCCCUCUACCACAUGGAACCCUGCCACCAUGGCACCAUCUGUCAUGGCCUUCCCUGCAACGACGCCGACGGGGAUGAUGGCAUAUGGAAUGCCUCCCCAGAUGGGUUCCAUGGCCAUGAUAAACCAACCCACCAUGAUGUACAGCCAACCGGUUGUGAGGCCGGCCAACCCCUUUGGCCCGGCCCCAGGAGCACAGUCCUCGGCAGCUUCUAGUCCCUCCAGUCAGAGUCCUCUCAGAGCGACAGGAAAGGACCCUUUUGCCCAGCUCUCUCUCAAGGAUUUCUUGUAGAACAUCUUUAGAUGCAGUUCAUGUAACCUGAAAGGGAGGCUUUUGUCCUCUGAAGACAAACCAAGAAGCAGCUAAACUUUCACUUUCAAGUAAAAAUCUGUUUUUACUCAUCGUCRAGAAUAUCAGCCCAAAUAAGAAAGGACUUGAAGGAAUCAAGGGGAGGAAGCCAUGUCCAAGACGUGUCAAGUAUACGUAGGACAAGGAUCCCAUUUUGUAAUUUGUCUUACGAGAAAAAGUGUGUGCUGCUGUUCUAACCUCUCUACAGGGAUCACUCAUCCCRUUUGUCUUCUGUAAAAGAUUAACAUGGUUGUGGAAAGGAAAGGGAGAUAAUUUGACUUUGCUGUUAUGUAUAAAAAUAGUGGGUUAUCACACACAGCUUGAUGUUCUUGGGGUGAGGAYGUGGGAUGAGUGGAAGAAUUGCUUGAUCUGAUCAUCAAUUGUGCAUUAUCUAAUUUAACCAUCACUGAUUAGUAAUGCUAACCUCUGUUUUAUACCAUGAUUUCAAUAUUUUCUCUUUWAAAAAAGUUUUAUUACAUUUGCAGUAGACAUUCCUUGUGUAUUGUUAGUAUUUAUUUAUGAUUACCCUCGGAGGAAAUGGGGGGGGGAAAAA